AUGUUUACUGGUAUAGUUGAGCAUAUUGGUACUGUUGCUGAGUAUAAGGAGUUGGAUGAAAGUGUUAGUGGUGGUAAUGGAGUAUCAGUUACAAUUAAAGAUGCCAGUCCAAUUUUAGGCGAUUGCCAUAUCGGAGAUUCAAUUGCUUGUAAUGGUAUAUGUUUGACGGUUACUGAGUUUGAUUCUGAUAGCUUUAAAGUUGGUAUUUCUCCUGAAACGAUUAACAGGACUGAGAUAGCUAGCUGGAAAGUUGGAACAAAGAUCAAUCUUGAAAGAGCUGUUUCGCAAGAGGUGAGAUUUGGAGGUCAUUAUGUACAAGGGCAUGUUGAUUCUGUGGCUACUAUUACAUCUAGGAGACCUGAAGGUAAUUCUAUUGUGUUUGGUUUCAAGCUAAGGGACGACACUUAUAACAAGUUCAUUGUAGAGAAAGGUUUCAUAGCCUUGGAUGGGACUUCUUUGACAGUCACACAAAUCGAUGACGAUGGGACAUUUUACAUAGCUAUGAUUGCUCACACACAGGAGCAUGUGGUAAUGCCGCUAAAAAAGAUUGGCGAUCUGGUGAAUGUAGAGGUUGACGUUACCGGUAAGGUGAUUGAGAAGCAGAUCGAUGUGCAUCUCGAAGCCCAGAUUUCCAAUCCUAAGUCAUCUUUAGCCCAGCUUGUAGGGAAGUUAGUGGAACAGAAAGUGGCAGAAUACAUCAGCAAAAGUAAAUAA